CUGUACCUUGCGCUCGACUUCCACCCGGGCGGCGACCUCGCGACGCAGCUCGCGCGGUGGGGCCGUCUCGGGCGCGACCGCACGCGCUUCUACAUCUGCGAGAUCAUCGACGGCGUCGCAAGCCUGCAUCGUGCCGGCAUCAUCUACCGCGACCUCAAGCCCGAGAACAUCCUCAUCAGCAGACUCGGGCACAUCGUCCUGACCGACUUUGGGCUCAGCAAGUGUUUCGACCCGGCGGUCGACCCGCGCAACGGCCUGCCCCAGCCGCGCUGGCACCCGGCGCGCGCCGCAUCGACGCCGCCGGCCGUCCUCGCCUACCUGCACGAGUUCGCCCUCGCGACGCCCGACACGUCGCCCUACUUCACGUCGACGUUCUGCGGCACGAGCGAGUACCUCGCGCCCGAGGUUUUGCUCGGCGAGCCGUACACGUUCAGCGCCGACUGGUUCUCGGCCGGCACCCUCCUGUACGAGAUGCUCGCCGGCAUCGUGCCCUUCUACGCCGAGGACCACGCCUCGAUGUACCGGCGCGUCCUCCACGACGAGCUCCGGUUCGACGGCCAGGCUCAAGGCCUCUUCGACGCCGACACGCAGACGCUCGUCCGCGGCAUGCUCCAGCGCAACCCGGCGCUGCGUAUCAACCACACGGCCAUGGUCCGGCACCCGUACUUCUCCAUGAUCGACUGGGGGCUCAUUCGCCUCAAGCGGUACCAGCCGCCUUUCGUCCCCCACCUCAACCCGUACGACCCGACCGACACGUCCCAGUUCGAGGACAUGUUCCUGUCGCUGCCGCCCAUGGUC